UGAAACAACUCCGCCCAUGGAAACGACCAUCAUCUUGCUCACCGUCGCUGCUCGUCUGCUCACGAGUUUACUUGCUUUUCUCGCAUCCUACCUGCCACUGUUCGACGCGUCGCCCGUGAAUUCAUGGCUGCGCUGGGAUGCGUUUCAUUUCUCGCAUAUUGAAAGGGAGGGAUACGUGUACGAGCAUGAAUGGGCCUUUUUCCCAGGGCUGCCCUUUGUAAUUCGGCAGAUUGAGCCUGAGAGCAUCCAAUGGCACAUCCUCAUGACCGCCAUUGCUUGCGAUACCUCACUCACUCUCUACCGCCUUUCCAAGUACCACCUUCGCAUGCCAAACCUGGCCUUUCUCGCAACCCUGCUCUCCCUCCUUCCCAGCAGCCCAGCUACUCUUCGUCUUGCACCUUAUGCAGAGCCUUUUUUCACUUAUCUUGCCUACAAAGGUCUGCUGUAUUGCGCUACUAAAGAAUUCUAUCACGCAACUGUGUGCUUCACCUUGGCAGGGUUUUUCCGGUCCAACAGUAUUUUUCUUGCCGGAUACAUUCUGUGGGGACUCGGGCCAAGAAAAUUGCACCUAAGUGUAUUGCUCACAGCAGUCAUUUUCUCUCCAUUCAUAUACCAAAAUUUGUCUGCAUACUUUGCAUUCUGUCCCAGAGCCGAUUGGUGCAAGAACAUCGUGCCUUUGAUAUACCCUUACGUGCAGGCCAAAUACUGGAACGUCGGUCUCUUCAACUACUGGUCAUUUCAGCAGCUCCCAAACUUUGUCAUCGCUGCGCCACCUCUGCUGCUCCUCACGGUAUACUCCAUCCAUAUCCUCAAGGGACCGUUCACUUCGUCACUCGUUCCGCAUGCCAUCCACGCGUUAAUUCUCUCUGCUACCCUUCUCUUCGCCUCUCACACGCAAAUCAUCCUACGCCUUGCUGUAUCUCUUCCUAUCACAUCCUGGGCUGCUGCCUGGCUCGUCAUGGAAUACCGGAUGUGGGGAAAGCUGUGGGUCGGUUGGAGUGUUUUAUGGGGAAGUAUAUCUAUUGUGCUGUGGGUGACAUUUCUACCUCCAGCGUGAGUAACGUAGUCACUUUGCCGGAGUGGUUAACGGGAUCGCCUGCUAAGCGGUUGGGCUUUGCCCGCUAGAGUUCGAAUCUCUAAGGUGACGGUCUUUUGGUCCCGCGGAAGGUUUUUCUUUUAUAGAUUGAACAUUGCUGAGGUUAGACAUGCAGUUCCCGUAUAAGCUUUCAUUGGGAGAGGUAAAGUCAAAGUCCCUGAUCCAUUCGCGGACGCGAUGAAGAAAAAAAGUUUAUAUGUGCAACAUAAGUUUAUGCCCGCUAUACAAGCAAACCGUAGUACGCGAAGCACUAAACUGGAGUACUGAUAUGAAUAAAAUUACGAUC